GUUGACAACGUUUGAUCUAAUUGAUUUGUUGUUGUUGUUGUUUAAAACGAUAUAUAUAUAUAUAUAUACACAGGACCGUCGUUUAUUGUUUCUGUUCUUUGACAUUUAACAUUGAUCGUGUGUUUGUGUUGUUUUUAAUUAAUUUUUUUUUUUUAUUGAUUGUUGUUGUUGUUCAAUUGGAGCUAGUGAAAUACAUAUUUGGCUCGCAUUGACUCCAAUCAAAAAAGAAAGAAAGAGAGAGAAAAAUUCACCCGACUUGAAACGGAAGAAAAUAUCAAACGAACAACAAAAAACAUUCUGAGUGAAAUAAAGGCGAACAUUGUAUAUCGAAAGGUUUUAUUUAAAUAUCAAAAAAAGAAGUAAUAAAUAUUAAGAGAAUAAAAAAAGAGUUUAGCAAAAGUGUUAACAUCUUUAAAUUGGUGAUUUUGGUGUGUCACUAUUCAACGAUAUACGAGUGGUGAUUUUAAAACGCGACAAAAAAAAACACGAAAACAAACAAUUCAAUCUGUUCGAUGUUCCUGUAUGUUUUCAGCUAAUAUUGAAUAAAAAAACAUCAGCGACAUUCAAAAUUCCAGAAAGAAAGAGAACGGAAUAUAAUACACAACAAAAAAGAGACACAGAAAGACACACAUUGUAUCAUCGAUAGAAUAUACAAAACAAAUCUGUCUGCUGAAAUAAAGUGAGAAAUCCAUAGAAAAUUUCCGUAUUCGUCUUUCGCUACAACGAACCAAAUAAUAUUUGGAAGAGCAUUUUAUUCAAGCAAUAUACAGAAUGUGUUUCAAUGAGUGGAAAGCAGAUCAAAUUUGUUGAAUUCAUUUAAAGUUCAAAACGAAGCACGAAAUCGACGAAGAAAUACGAAUAAAUAUAAAAAAAACUAAGCGAGCUAAGUCAAAAUGUUGCGUCAAAUAUUAAAUGAUAUGUAUGUGGAUCCGGAGAUAUUGUCCGGUUUGGAUGAAUAUCAAAAACAAACGUUAUUUUGUAAAAUGCGCGAAGAGCAAAUUCGACGUUGGCGCAUACGUGAACAAGAGAAUGAUAGCCGAACAUCAGCAAAAAAAUCAACGCCAAACAAAAAGAAUAAGAAUGUCUCAUUUCGUGAGGAUGACGAAGGUGAACCAUUUGUUGUUGUCAUUGAACCAGCCAUAUAUACAGACAGUGACAGCGAUGACAGUGAUUUAAAUAUGAAAAAACCGGGUCACGAAGAGGCCAAACAGCGUGCACGUGAAUUGGCUGAAAUUGAAACGAAAGAAUUACGACGACAAUACAAGGAAAUUAUUAUUACCGAUUUAGAUACAAAUGGCAAAACUAAUUGUUGUAAAAAUGAGAAAAAUGCAUUUGGUGUCGAUGAUUGCCCUCUCGCUUCGAUGCCCAUCAUUGAUGACAUGGAAAUUUAUUGUUCCGUUGAUGAGCUACGUGAACGCACGAAAUUGGUAAAUGGCAUUGCACCGUCAACCAAAUUAAAACUGACAAACAAUGUCGUACAGAAAAAUAAUAUCAUCAAUUUCAGUUUUUCGGACAAUAAAAAUGAGAAAAAUGUUAUACUUAAAGAGAUUUCAAAUAAUAAACCGACACAAAAAGUUUCGGCAAAAAUUGCACUGUGGGAACAACGUGUGAUCGGCGAAAAAACCAAUGAGAUUUAUCAACGUUUGCGAAAAAAGCAAAAAGAACAAGCACAAGAAGAGGCUAAAAAGCAAGAAGAAGCCUGGAAAGAACAGGAACGAAAAGCUAAAGAAGCUGAUAUUCAGUAUCGUGAAAUAGCACGUCGAGCCCGUGAAGAGCAUCGAAAAUCAUUGAAUAACGAUGAUACUGCCAAUAUUAUUUCAACCACAAAUUCAAUCAAUAGUAAAAAUGGCCAUGUCAAUGGGAAUGCCACAAACGUGAUAAAGAAGAGCGGAUUGAAUGGAACGAUUAAAAUGGAAAAUGGAAUAAAAAACGGUGUAGCAAAUGGAUGUCACAGUCCAAUGACGAAUGGAACAUCAACAAAAGGACCAGCACCACAACCACCAAGCAUAAAUUCAACGCCACAAACACAGCCACAAUCACAAUCACAGCCAUCAUCUUCGCCUCCAUCCAGUCUGGAUGCCUUAAUUCCACGACCGGCCAGUCAUGAAAAAAUGAUUCAAUGGUAUCACGAUGUGGAAAUUACCAAAGGUGCCGGUUUAGAAUCGGUUGAAAAUCGUCUGCCAUGCAAAUGGUUCUAUGGUUUAAUGAGCCGAAUCGAAGCCGAACAAUUGCUUGAGUCUGAACCGAUGGGAACGUUUCUGGUUCGACUGUCGGAGAAAAUUUGGGGCUAUGCGAUUUCCUAUAAAGAUAUCGAUCGCUGUAAACAUUAUCUGAUCAAUGCAUCAACUGGACAAUAUAAAUUUUUAGGCGCAAACCAAUUGACCCAUGCCACUCUGAAUAAUCUCAUCAAACAUCAUGCUACUGUACCAAUAACGGCAAUGGGCCAUGAACUGCUAAUUCGGCCAUGUCCUCGAAGUGUUGCCGUCAAUUCAAAAAUAUUCGAAGGACUCUUCUAACAUAACAAAUCAACAAGCAUAGUAUUCUAUCUACGAGUAAAUAAUAUCAGGAAUGGCGAAUUGAAAAAAAAAGAAUACUGUUAAUCUUUUAGUGAUUUAUUAGAACAAAUUAAACAGCAAAAAUUGUAAUAAUUUCGAUUUGACGAAAAGAUGCAAAAAGUAUUUUAAGGAAAUAAAAAAAAAAUAUCAGAAUGACCAUUCACAUGGAAAAUUCGAUGAAAACACUUUAUUGGAGCAAACCUAGAUACAAAAUUGAACGUUGUCUCAAUAGCGAACAAACAAAUUAUACACAUAUUGAUAGGUGCGACUGAAUCCGAUGCAUUUUCUCAUAAAUAUGAACUUUGAGUGGUUUCAAAGGUUUUUUGGGAAGAAAAUGAAAGGAAAUAAAAUCGAAUUUGUGGCCAAACACACAGCAAAAUGGUAACAGGUGAAAUAAAUGGAAUCAAAAAUGGAAUGAAUUUUGCGUCUUUCAAUUGAAAAUCAAUAGAAGCACAAGACUUUUAGCACAGCAAAUACCAAAUGAUGUCAAUAAAUGCACCGACAGAUAACAUUUAAAAAGAAACACAUGGAAAAGCAUUAUUUUAUCGCAUCUUCGAUUAGAUAACUAGCCGACUUUUUCAAUUAUUUUUUUUUGCGAUUUCAAAUGACGUUAAUUUGUGUGUGUAUUUCUAUUGUUGUAUAAAUUUGAACGAUUUUGAUAUUUUAAAACACAAAUAAAUGAACGUGAAUGAUAUGUAAGCCUUAAUAAUUCAAAACAAAAAAUAUAAAUAAUGAAGAUGAAUAUGUUCUCGUUUAAUUGUGUUCGAACAAUGA